AUGAUGGAAGCUACUGACUCUCAAUUGAGUGAAAUAAUCAGAGGUAAAGAGAGACGGCAAGUUGAAGUUGAAACCAGUUUCAAAAACUUCAGAAGGCAGACUCAACGAAUCUGCUGAUAGAGACACUAGCCAGAGCUUCCUAGGUUUCAGCCAGAACACGCGUCAGAAAAUUGAGGUAAGGAUGUAAAGUGUCAAAUUCAACAAAAAAAUAAUUGGAGAAUGGCACCUACAUGAUACCAGAACUUUCGCAGGGAUGUGUCGAUUUCCUCGAAGAAAACAUGAAUUCUCCGCGGUUAGUGGGCAUUCUAUCGAAAGAAAAAAAACUUUUCAGAAUGGAGUUGGCCCGCAAAACGUGCGAAAUAAAAAGGGAGUUCAAUUUCGACACCAAUCGUGACUUGCGAGUGAAUCUGAUUUUUCGUGCACUCAUUAUUGUUUUCAGGUUCAAUCAAAGUUUUUCGCUGGAAACGAAGCCGAAUGUUCACACAGAAGAAAAGAAAAGAACGAAUCGUAUACCGGAUUUGUCAGUUCGCCCAAUUUUUCGUGUUGUAUUAAUGUUUUAGAACGUUUCCGAAUAAUGGCAGAGGUUUGCCUGCAGUAGAUUGCUACAACUUGUUAGCCGCGUUCGCUCCGCCUCCUGAUGAAAACGAAAAUCUUCUGAGUGUAUCUUUCGAAUCGGUGAGUAAGAUAUUUAAAAGAAGCGUCGAAAAGCGAAGCGGGCGGGAGCGAAGUAAUUAACUGAAAAAAACGAAUCUGAGGAUCCAUGCCGAGAAUUAGAGAAGGUUCAGUGAGUGCGCACUGAAAAUUUACAGAAUAUGACGCUGACGCAGAAGCAAAUUGAUUCGCAGACGUUUUGUCCGUAUCUAAGAGAUCGGACGGCUGAAGAACAGGAGAAGGUAAGAAGACGUGCUCCUUCUCCCCUUCUUUUGUUCGUUCAUUCUUUCGCGGUUCUUCUGAACAAUUCGGCGCGAUGACGCUCAUUCAUUUUCAGCAUAACAGAGAAAAAAUGUGGAGAAAGGCAAUGAUUAAAAGAGAGGAGGAGCAAAUGAACGAAUACGGGCUGUUGGGACCCGCUAUUGGACCCAAUCAGCUGGAAGAACAGGAUAUUGGCGAGCGGGACGUGUUUGCCGAUCAGUAGGAGAAAUAGCGAGUAGAAAUGAACAUGAAAAUGAUUUCAGGGAGGCUUGCGGAGGCGAUGACCUCAGCAAUGGACUGUCGAAUGACGGAGUGCAGAUGGGAGGGGCGGAGGAGGAGCAGUGGUUGAGCGUCACUGUCAAUGAACAGAAACCGAAGAAAAUGUCGGAUUUUGUGUGGAACAAGGACGGAAACAAGUCUCAUUUGUGGGCCAAGAUGGGCGUGGUAGUUCCAAUCGCGCUGAGCUGGAGGAUCCAUCCAAAAUACGCCGCCAGACGCAUUGUUGUCAAAGUUAGAGUGAGUGCGAAAGCGAAUUUCUGGCCGCAAUAGCUUAAUUGAAGUUCGUGAAUUACCACAAAAACCACGCCUCUAUGAAAAUGGAAACGGCGAUGGAUCAUCCGUAUUCAGACGUGAAAAAGUGCAUACAACACACACAGACCGAAGCGUUCGGCGUUCCAGCGGAAUCGUUCUUCUAUAUCGUCAGUUCGUCGGAUGACUGGAUUUAUCCGGGGCCAAGUGAAAAAGUGUUGAAAGGUUCGUUUAGCGGAAUGAACAAAAAUUCUCAAUUUAUUCCUAUGAAUACCUCCAUUUCAGGCCACUCGUUCCACACCAUCAUCAGCGGCAGUCUUUCUCGCUUCGACUUCGACUUAAAGUUCGCAUGUCAAGAAAAGUGUAUGCCUUUGGACGAGCGAAGAAAGACUAUGUGCCUUGCGGUAUUCUUGGAAGACGAAGACGGGUGAGUGAGAGGCCGUGGAAGAGAAUGGAUCUCGGCCAGCAAUCGCUCAACCUGAACGAAUGCAGAUGCAAUGGAAAAAAAUAACACCACAGGAAGAUACUGACAUUGGAGAAAACAUUCAAUAGAAACUAGACCUAGAUGACUACUGAUUCAUAUCACUUGAAAACGUUUCAUCCACAACAGUAUCCUCUCAAUCGAUUUCUGUCUCAUUUCAGCAAUCUGAUCACCUAUUCCUGCAUCGACGAAGUUCGCGUCGUCGCCUAUCCUCGUCGAGACUAUAAAAACUUCUGUGAGAAGCUGCCAUUCAGGAACGGGCUCGAGUGCAUGAAAACACCGAAGAGGGAGUGGUCCUUCGACCCAGAGCCGUCUUCGAUACCCCGUCAGCUGUGUUCGUCGUUCUCCAUUUCUGCACCCAAUAAUCGAUGGAAAAUGCACAACGUGACAAACACCGAUCAGGUUUACUUUUCGGCGAUUUCUGAUCUCGAAUUGGAGUGAAACCCGAUAUUUUACCUUUUCGGAUAUCCUUUCUUUUUGCCAUUUUUUCCCAAUUCACCAGUUUUUCCAUAGAAUAUCCGUGCAUUUUCCAAUUCCAGAUGUUCCCUUCGGGCAGCCGAAAAAGAGUUGCCAGCGACAUAUCGCAUUCUUCAAUGCCUCUUCCUAUCAGAAAUUACGAUCAUCAAAGACAGCUGCUGCUUGGACAUCAUUGCCGUCCGGAAGUGAGCGAAUCGAUGGAAGUUUCGGGACCCGGGGACGAAAACGGAGGAUCGUCGACGAAGAGAAGCCGCAAAACUGCCGUCGUCCACUAUGAAAAACAUGUGAGCUCUCUCCCAAUCCUCCUUUGUUUCUCUACUUAAAAAUUUCUUUCAGUUGGUAGGGGAACAAUACGAAAAGGUGCUGGAGUUUCUGGCCGAUCAGGCGCAUCAAGAGAGGACGGAGGGGAUUCGAAAGAGCCGCAUGCGUCCGCACGCAUUCUCGAUGCUCGCCAGUAUGGACACCAAAACUAGCAUCGAAACGUGAGUUCGCUCCUAAUUUGCACUGCGAACCGCCCGUUUUCAGAUGGCUCGCCGCUUUCAGUCAACGAUCCGCCUUCGUCAUCUUCCAGAGACAUAGAAUCUUCACUCUGGGAGACCUCGUCAGAGAAUACGAAAUCGAUACGUCGAUCUUCGAGAAAAUCGGAAUCAGCGACAAAGAUAUCAAAGAGUUUUAUGAUGUUUUCUUCAAUUUUUACCAUAUUUUCGCGUAUGAGCGCUUGUGAGUGACAUGGAUAUGCAGAUUAAGCAAUUCGAGAUAUUUCAGCAAGAAGGAACAAGAUCAAAUACAAUAA